GUAAUUCAUAUGAAAAUAAAUCUGUGGCUAUAAGUUUUGAAUAUUUUCGUAUCAAAAUAUUCUGUUAUUUAAAAAGCGAAAACAUUGUAAGUAUUAAAAAUGUCUCAUUUGUGUGAUUCUAGUCAAUUUGAAUCUUAAUUUAUCAUUAAUAAUCGCCGUGUUAGUUGCCGAGAUGACAAAACGAAAGGAUAUUUCAUAUUUGUGAGUAAACGAGUGUCAGAGAAAGCAAAUAUGGCUAUAGGUUGUCUACGUUCUAAAUAUCCUCCUGUGUCCAAAGAAUUAAGCGGAAUGUUUCUCAACGGCGAUUUACAAUGCAACUGAAGCUGGACUAGUCUGGACAAUUCUAUCAUCGUGUGUUAUAAUGGAUUCAAAGUUCUGUAAAAGUGUCGAUUCAAAUGAUGUGGGAAAUUAAGACAUUUAUAUAUGGUUAUGUUCUGUGGAUUGUUUUUUAUCAGAAUUUUCAGGUCGAUUGUUAUUACAACAACGGACUGAAUCCAGUUAGAGUUGACCUCAGCGUUUGGCAUCAACGUACGCCAAGGGUCGCUGUUCAGAGCAAUGAAAAGCUGUCCUGUGAGAAGCCGAAUUUAUACAUCUGUGAAGAGCCAGCGGAAACUAUUCCUAUAUACAAUAGUAAGAAUUGUAACUACAGAAACAAUUGGUACAGUGAGCAAGUCUUCCGCUGGGUGGCAGGAAGAGGUUGUCUUGUUUACACACCCAAUUUCUUAUACCAAGGCGGAUCCAACCCUAUCAACUUGAAUGCCCGCUGUGUUUAUGGAAACCAGUUUGCUCCAUGCUUGGAAAUUGCCAAAGAGGAUGGCACUUGUGGGUGUUUUCCAUUCGAUCCAAACAUCGAGGAAGUGGCUACUAUCAUCAGGAACUCGCUGGUACCAUCAGCACAGGGACGCUGGGAGAAGUGUUAUUACGCCGCGAGCUAUUGUUGCAGUCAUUUUAUGAAUGGAAAUCAUAACGAUAAUCAGUGUGCAGCAACUUUCGACGGCUGGACGUGUUGGCCACCUACAGACAGCGGAACAACCGCAUGGUCUGACUGCCCAGAAUUCGCUUACUCAAAUUCAGGACCUACAUGCACUCAUUACAGUAAUAAAGAAUGUCACGGGAACGGGACGUGGAAGCUCCAAACGGACUACACCACAUGUAGUGUAACUCCUCGUCUCCUCGCUCGGUAUAAAUUCUACGUGGCCAUGUUGGGGGUGUCUGUAGUCACCUGUCUGCCGGCGGUCUUCAUAUUCUUCUUCUACAAAAGAUUACGCAUCACCAGAGUUGCGUUGCACAGGAACCUUUUGAUAGCCAUUAUAAUAAGGAACAUUUUCGUUAUAAUCAGCAGAAGUGCGAUUUAUAUAGACGAGCUAACUGGGGUGGAGAAUACAGUGAUGUCUCGUAACGAGGUGUGGUGUCGUGUUGUCUCUAUCUUUGAACGAGCAGCUUCCAACGCUGUCUUCGUGUGUAUGCUGGUGGAGGGGAUCUACUUACAUAGGAGGAUAGUUGCUGUGUUCAGACGGAAGAUAGACAUCAGAUAUCUCUACGGGAUAGUUGCUGUGGUUGGUACCAUCCCGGUGGUGGUGUGGUCGGUGGUGAUGUUUCUGUUGAACGACCACUCGUGUUGGGUGGUGUACACUGUGCCGCACGUCCAAUGGUCUCUGGACGGGCCGCGGGUUCUGGUGCUGCUCGUCAACACGCUGCUGUUUGCGGACGUGCUGCGAGUGCUGCUCACUAAUAUCAGGAACACAGAGAACGCCAACCAACUGAGCACAACGAAAGCGACACUGUUCUUAAUACCAAUAUUUGGGACUCAAUUCCUUUUCACUGCGAUCCGUCCCAAAACCGACAACUGCACAUUGGAACAGAUUUAUUACUUCGUGGCGUACUCUAUAGAGGGAUUGCAGGGUUUCAUAGUCGCCAUGUUGUAUUGCUACGUUAACAAAGAGGUCCGAGCUCUCAUAAAAGCUACAUACAAGAAAACAGAGAUAGCUGUAACAUCAAAAAUAAAGGGAAAUAAAUAUCCCAGGAUGAGUGACGUAACGAGCACGGACAGACGACUAACCUGCAGUACCGGAGUCAUCUCGAAGGAAGAUUACAGUCACAGUAUGAAACCAAAUUUACACGUCGCUGAAAUAAUAUCAAUACAAGCGAGUGAGAGAUUGGCUGAGAUACUAGAACCAGUAUACGAGACGAUAGACGGUCUAACUAAUGAUGGGUACGACUACCUGGAGAGAUCCGACGCUGACAAUGAUUCAGGGUUCAUACCGAAUAGGAACUCAAAAGUUGACGAUUAUUACGGAUUCACUCACGCAUCCAGCGUGUCUAUAACGUGUCAGGAUUGGCUGAAAAACACCACGCCGAACAACAGCACGCAAGCACUGACUACUGAAGAAACAAAAGAUUUAACCAGUGAGGCGAAUGAUAACAGAAAUCCAUUCAAAGCCUCCGACGAUCUUGAUUGUGAUUACGCUAAUAUGAAGGCAGCUAAACCACCCGGUGCCGACGAAUUUGACAGCGAAAUCGAAUACGGUAAUUGUGAGAUGCUUGACGAAAUUAUGGAAUACAUUGAAGCUACUAAUAAAAAUGUUAAACUUGAUCCCGUACUAGCAGCUGAUGAAUGUAGAGAGGCGGUAAAGAAAAUUUAGAUAAACGUUUAAAAUAAUUUUCUACAAUAAUAAAAUGUGUUUUAGGCUUAUUUGUAACAGAGAUUUUUAAUAAAAUUCAU